GUCAGUCCUCGCUGAGCAAGUGUGGUUCCCAGACCAGCAGUGUCAGCCUCACUGGGAGGUUGUGAGAAAUGCAGAGUCACGGGCCCCAUGGAAGCCCCGGGUGGUCAGCCUGAGUCUCAGUGCCCUGCGCCCCCUCCAGCCGCCGCUCACCAGGCUCCCCUCUGAUUUCUGUGCUUCAUUUAAGCAGGACUUUUGUUAAAUAUUGCUGCUCAGACAAAAAGUAGGUUUAUGGAGAGGAAUAUAUUCACUCCUAUUUGAAGGGUUGUAGGUGUUUAAGGUAGAUGAAGAAUUAAGAACCGUGAGUUGGAACUAGUACGUGCAUUUGGGACUGUAUUUACCCUGGUGGCGUAGUGGUUAAGAGCUAGAGCUGCUAACCAAAAGCUGGCAGUUCUAAUCCACCAGGCGCUCCUUGGAAAUCCUGGGGGACAGUUUUACUCUGUCCUGUAGUAUCGCUAUGAGCCGGAAUCGACUGGACGGCAAAGGGUUUGGUUUUCAUUUUUAUCCUAGUUUCAGGAGGAGAAUAUUUAGUAAGAGGCACAUUUCCAGUAAUUUCUUUGGCUGUAAAACAGACAUUUUCAUCGUGAUUGUGUGAGAAACAGUAUGUCCGGCCCUAGUUGAUUUGCUGUAAAAUGUGAUGUGGUUGAAUAAGCUUCAUAUGUAGACAAUGACCCUUGUAUAGAGGUCACAUACCCAGUAUUUGUCCAAGAUGUUAAAGCUUGGCUGAGACAGGAUUUGCGCAGGAUUGGAUACUGGUGAUUCAGCCUCAGUUUUUGCUACCAGAGAACUGGAGGCUUCUUGAGGCAAAAGCUGUGCAUAUUCCCAGUGUCAGAACAGCGAACAUUAGGAAUGAGGGCAAAAUGGGAGGCAUGUGUAAUGAAACGAAUCAAAAUUCUUAAACAGAUCGUAGAGGUCGGCCAGACUACAGGGUUGCAAAAAGUAUCUCAUCCUUUGUGAUCAUUCUUUUACAAAGUACUCUUGCUUAAAUACAUGUGAAAUGGGCAAUUAUUAGAAAGUCAUGAUUUAUAGUAAGUAAUUUUGAACUUGAAGCUUAAAUUGAUGAGUAGGUAAUGUGUGUGACACCUGUAAUAUGACUAGAGAAUGUUUCUUUUCAAACCAAAUGUAAUAAUGUAGAAUGAAGAUACUGUGUGUAUCAAACGUGUUGCAUGUAAGAGCAACAAAAGGGUAUCAUUUUACAGAGAACAAAAGAGGAAAAAAUGUAUAGCCACUAAGGAGUCAAGCAGCUGCUGCAUGUAUCGUUUCAAAACUUUAAAGUGUCUCAGUGGCUGCAACAAUGGGCUCAAACAUAAAAAGAUAGUGAGGAUGGUGUAAGACAAGGCAGUGUUUCAUUCUGUUGUACAUAGGGUCUGGUCGCUAUGAGUCGGAACUGACUUGACAGCACCUAAGAACAACAACAACCCCAAUACCGUCCUUAGGAAAAGCCAGAUACUUCUAAGAGCCUCUCAGAUUCUAGGUUUUAUAAUUCCAUUGUAUUAUGCAUAUUCAGAUACACAUGGAUAGUAAUUUUUCUGAGAAAAAUGGUUUGAAACUAGAGGCAUUCCCUGGGUCACUAACUUAACAACUUUUACUUAGUCUUGAAAGUUAUGUGAAUUUGCCCUCACUUUGAAAUAAAUGAACCAACCCCUUCUCACCAAAAAAAAAAAAAAAAAGCUUUGAAGUGUCUACAUUUAAGAGUCUUGUUUGAGAAAUCAUUGCUAGCUUCAAUGUCAUUAGCGGAUCUCUUUAUUUUCACCCUUUAAAAUUAAAAUUCAGUGGAGUUUUUAUUACACAGGUAGUCCAGGUUUGUUUGUUUGUUUGUUUUUCUGUAUUAGUAACAUGGUGAUCCAGAUCUAAUUACCUUAAAAAGUCCAUUCUUUGUACACUGCAGUUGCUCAAAUGUGAUUUUAUUUGUCUAGAUGAACACGGCCUGAGGUUCACUAUGAGUCGGAAUUGACUCCUGGCACACAACAAUGACAAGGUUGGCAUUAAAUCUUCGAAAUGCCUGCUUAACUCCCUAUAUCCCCAUGAUAUCUACAUUUUUCUCCUUUUACCUAUACACUCAGACCAAGAAACUAAGUUUCUUUUUUUGUUUUCAUGGUAUUUCAUUGCAUCUUUUGUGUGUGUGUGGUAAAAAAAUAUAUAACGAAACACUUGCUAUUUCAACCAUUUUUACAUGUAAGAUUCAGUAACAUGAAUUACUUUCACCUUGUGUGCUACCAUCACCCCUAUCAGUUUCUAACCUUUUCCAUCACCCUUAGCAGAAACUCGGUGCCUCUUAAGCAUUAACUACCCUCCUCCCUCCCAUCCUCCCCGAUAACCAUUUAGUCUCUAUACAUUUGCCUAUUUGUCCUUUUGUAUAUGACUUAGGUUUUAAUUUUUUAUAUGACUUAAUUCACUUAGCAUAGUGCCUUCAAGGUUCAUCCAUGUCAGCGUUUAUGAGAACUUCCAUUUCUUUUUAUUACUGAAUAAUAUUCCAUUGUAUGGAUAUACUACAUUUUCUUUAUCCAUGCAUCUGUCGAUGAACAUUUGGGUACUUUCUACUCUUUUGGCUAUUAUAAAUAGUGCCGCAGUGAACAUUGUAAAGGUACCUGUUUGCAUCCUUGCUUUCAAGCUUUUUUGGUAUAUACCUAGGAAUGGAAAUCUAUGGGUCGUAUGGUAAUUGUAUGUUUAAUUUUUGAAGAAAUGCCAAACUGUUUUCCACAGAGGUGGCACCAUUUUCCAAUCCCACCAACAAUUUCUCCACAUUCUCCCCAACUCUUGUUUUUUUCUGUUUUUCUGACAGUAGCCAUAGGAAACCCUUGUGGUGUAGUAGUUAAGUGCUAUGGCUGCUAACCAAAAGGCCAGCAGUUUGAAUCCACCAGGUGUUCCUUGGAAACUCUAUUGGGCAGUUCUACUCUGUCCUGUAGAGUCACUAUGAGUCAGAAUUGACUCGAUGGCAAUGGGUAAUGACUAAUGGUUAAGAGUUUAUCUGCUAACCAAUAGGUUGGUGGUUUGAAUCCACCAGCCACUCCUUGGAAACCUUAUGGGGUGAUUCUCCUCUGUCCUAUAGGGUUGCUGUGAGUCAGAAUUGACUCGACAGCAGUGGCUAAUGACUAAUGGCAUAGAGCAUCUUUCCAUGUGUUUAUUGGCCAUUUGUAUAUGCUCUUUGGUGAAAUGUCUAUUUAACUUUUUUGCCCAUUUUUAGGAUAACCUAUCUUUUUGUUGUUGAAUGAUAGGGGUUCUUUAUAUUUCCUGGUUACUGAACCUUUAUCAGAUACAGGAUUCCCAGAUAUUUUCUACCAUUCUGUAGGUUGUCUGUUUGUUGAUAAAAUCUUUUGAUGCCUAAAAUUUUUAAUUUGAUGAAGUCUAAUUUAUAUCUCUUGUCUUUUUUUUUGCAUGUGCUUUUGGCAUCAUAUCUGAGUCCAUUGUUAAAAACUAGUAUGUGGAGAAAAUAAAUGUUCACAUUUUUUUUAAUUGUGAAAAGAUUACGUGUUUCGAAAAUUUUAAAAAUGCCUAGAGGAAAAAUCAUUAAACACCACUGAAAUCUCAAAUCUGUAGAAAAACAUGGUGCAUUUAUUUUUCUCUUUCUGUCCUUAGAGAUUGAUAUUCUCUAAGUACUCCCUUUUUGAACAGGAGUUCCCUUGGAGCCAUGACUGGUAGUGUAAUCACUUCAUGUCAAAUUCAAGCCCGCGUUCAAAGCUACUGAAUUUUCCUAGUUUCACAAUCUAAGAGUUGCCCCUCAGAUAACACCCCAAUAUUGACUAGCAUUUCCUAAAGGCCUAAUACGUGACUAUGCUCUUCCUUCCCUCUAGCUUGAAGCUUCAGAAGUGGGAAUGGAGCCUGUUUCAGAGGCCACAGUUUGAUUCUUUGUUUCCAGGAGGAGGCAGCCCACAGGUUGAGAUAUGGGCUCUUGGGUACCAGUGGACUCAGACCAAACCCUUCCCAGAGUUCACCUGGGGCACUGUGGGCUGUAUGGCUCUGAAACCUAACAUGUCCGAAACAGAGCUCUCUAAUCUCACCCUAGCAAGUCUACUCCUCACCUGGCUUUCCCAUGUCAGUAAAUGGCACCAGCAUCCAUUCACUAGAUUGAGAGAUGUACUCAGUCCAUCUCUAUCUUCUUUUUCUCUCAUCUUCCACCCUCAGGAAAGCACCAAGUCCUGUUGGUUUAGAACCAAAACAUAACCGCUAUCAUCAGGGCUACAAUUUUAGUCCAAGCUACUCUGAGAGAGAUCCCUUAGGAGAACAGCCUCUGAGCUUUCUCCUCCUUUCUCUCUUCUCAUAAAAAGGUAUCAUCUCCACCCAGUAGCAAGAGGCAUAUUUCACAAAUGUAUACCAAGCAAGCUAUCAGUCACGUACAGAAUAAAAUCCACAUAUUUUAGGUUGCCCAUCAAGAUCCUACCUGUUCAGGCUUUUGUAUGACUCUCUGACUUAAAUUUAUAACACCCUCAUGUUAAGUAAGCUCUUGACACAUUUUUAAAAAGCUUUUACAAAGAUGUCAGGAUUUUCUCUUCCUUUGUCCUCUACAUCAGGUAUUUCCUCUGAUUAGAGGAAAACUUUUUCCUAUAGGAAGCCCAUUACUCUCCUAAGUCAGGUCUAACUGCAAAUGUCACCUUCUCAGAGAGUCCCCCCCGCCCCCGCCCCCUCAGUUAUCCUGACUCAUUUCUCUGUUUAAAGAUCGUUACAAUUUGCAGAAUGUGGUAACUCCAGUUUAGGUUGACAUUAACCGUAAUCAGGUAAAUACAACCAAAUUGUAUUGAGUGUUACCUUUACUUUUAUCUACUCUAUUUCCCUAUGUGACAGGCUUCCAGAAAACAAAAGCUGUGAAGCUUUGCGUUGUGGUAAUGGCAGCUUUCUCACCCUCUCUGUUGCGUUGGUCAGUUUUGGUUCUGGUGAGUCCCCUAGAGUUGUGAUGUCCACUAACCAGCUGUGGCUAUUCACAGUUAAAAUUAAUUAAAUCAAAAAGAAAAACUUCACUUCCGUAGUUGCAUUAGUCAACAUUUUAAGUGCUAAAUAUCCACAUGUGGCUAGAGGCUUCCAUACUGGUCUAUGCAGAGACAGAACAAGCCUGUGUUCAAAGAAAGUUCCACUGAGUAGUGCUGCUCCACAGUAUAUACAAUAGAUGGCAAUCUGUGUGUGUGAUUAUUCUGUGUGUGACCCCAAUUACCUAUGUCAUAGGCUGGAAAGAACAAGAAAACAAAAUAUAAAUUGUCCAUAGAUUUACCGUCUAGCAUGGGAGAUAGUUUUAAAUAAAUAAUGACAAACCAGGGACAUCUUGAUAGCAGAUGUAAAAGGACCUAACCCAAGAGUCAGGCUAGACUACUUGAAAGGGAAAAUCAUUUAAGUGAAAAUUCAUAAAAUUAGUUGGCUUCAGCUAUAUACAUGGUUAGCUGUGUACAUGAGCAGGGUUGAUAGCAUGUGUGAUGGGUGGGCGUGGAAAGAAUAUUUCAGUUGGGAAAAGUGAGUGUGUAAAUCUCUGAGGCAGCAGAGAAUGCAUUAUUAUCUGUUGCUGGAUAAAAGUUAGAGAUGAUUGGAGCAAAGAAAACAAAGUGUGGGUUGGAGGUUGGGGGGUGUUGUGUGAGCCAGACUGGAAGAAGCAAUGGUAGCAAGUUGUUAAGAGCCAUUCUGACCACUCUGGGCUUUUUGAAGGCCAGUGGGCAGCCACUGAUGGGCAUGAAGCAGGGAUGGAUGUGAGUAUAUUUGUGAUUUAAAACGGAACACUCCAGUUCUUGUACUGCAAAUAGAUUUUGGAAAGACAACCAUGAAUGAAUGAUGUCAAGCAGAAGCUUGUUAUGAACAAGUUAAGGAAGACUGUGAGGUGGCCUAGACGCGGAGAUUGUGGAUCAGGAAGAUAGUGGGUGACAUUAUGUAGAUGUAGAUGGUUCAAAGGGCACCUCAGUUGAUCGAAUGCUUAUUCCUUGAGUUACAGGCUAUAGAGCUGUGAAUGCUUCUCAAAGUUGCAUGUGGAUGUGGAUAACCAGGGCACAUUAAAAUGCAGAUUUUUAUUUAGCAGGUCUGGGGUGUAGCUUGAGAGUCUACAUAUCUAACAAACUCCCAGUUUAUGCUGAAAGUAAGCACAGAAAUAAAGUUGUGAAUUAAAAUGAGUGCUGUGAGAGAAAAUACUAAAAGGCAAGAUAAUACUUAAAGGGGAGACACUGGAUAUAAUGGUCAUGCAAGAGAGAGAACAUUUACACUGAGAUCAAGAAAUAAGAGUGGGAGUCAGCUGGAUGGGGGAGCUGGGGGGGGGGCAAGGGAGAUGGGAACAGAGGCGGGAGAGGGCUCCUUAGAGAAAACUUAAUGAUUUUCUGAUUUGUGCGUUGACAGAUUUGUUAUAAUGCUGAAAGAGGAAGUGUUAGGAAUCCUCCCAGAUUUCUUGAAAGCUUAGGGACUGGUGGUGUUAAAGGCCUGAGAGCCAAAAAACAAAAAACUCAGGGGUAAUGGUGAAAGUACAAAAUCAACAGGAUAAAUACUGAUCAUAUAUUACAAUGGUAUGUAUGAAAUGAAAAUAAACAAAAGCAAAGCUCAGUAGAAGAGAUUUAACUGCACAAAGUGAAAAACUGAUGAAGCAUGAUGAUUGCGUUGGCUAAACUUGAAAAAUACGUUCUCCCUGAAAAUUCACCCACGGUGAUAUCAGAUAACAGGGUAUAUGUUGAUCUACAAGGGGCAGCGUUAUGCAGGUGAACAAACAAACUCAUCCUUGAACCCCUCAGUCCCUGGAGAAAAUCAGAUUCAAGUUUUCCAGCCUUGCCCUAAAUGCUUCUCAUGCUCUGGGAUGAGUAAAUUCCUCCAUCUGUGAUCUUGUUACCAAAAGGAAGAGGCUGAGUAGCUGUGUGAAGAAUGCAGGUGGAUGCUCUGGAAGGCUAGAGCCUGUUCUGCCUUAAGCAGCAAAUGCCCUCAGGGUGGAGCACUGCCUUGAGACUGGGAGGAAGUCCUGCCCAGGGAAAAAGCUGAAGGCUAAGAACCAGUUGCUUCCUCUUUACUCAACACCUGUCUCCCCCUCCUCCCUAUCAUCUUCAAUUUCAGGUCCCAGGUGUGACACAGAGAAAACUAGUUGAGUCUCAGCAGCUGGGUACCUAGGGCAACUGUCUUGCACAUCCUUGCCCUCACAAGUAAGGUUUCAACUGCUCUGACUGGCUGUGUGGACCAAACAUUAUUCAUCUGCCUCCAAACUGCUUAGUGGCUCUGCUUCCCCUCCUAUUCCUGUCACUGAAGUGGCUUCUUGAGCUCCGAGAGGACAGUCACUUAACUUUGAGGAGCUGUAGCGAGGAAAUGGACUCAGUGGACUUUGAGGAUGUAGCUGUGGAAUUUACCCAGGAAGAGUGGGCUUUGCUGGAUUUUUCUCAGAGGAAACUCUACACAGAUGUGAUGAUGGAAACCUUUAGGAACCUGGACUUAGUUUUGAAACAGGAUAACAGUGGACAAAUGUUGUACAUGAAGAAUGAUUCCUGGUUCUCCAUGUUAGGAGAUAUCUGUGAAUUCCAUGGCAUUGAACUUCAACACAACAACCAGGGAAGGCACAUGAGAAUAUAUUCAGUAGAGAGCCUCUGUGAAAGUAACGAUGGUAAAGUAAAUAAAGUUGAAGAAGAUAAUCAGUGUGGAAAAACUUUCAGCUGGAUUGGGAAUUUUACUAGCCUCAGAAGAAUUGCUGGAGUAAAUCCUAUUGGAUCCCUUGAGUGUGGAAAAGCCUUUAUGGAUCAUUUGUCAUUUAAAAAUCAUAUCAGAUCUCACACUGGAUACACACCGUAUCAUUGUAAGGAAUGCGGAGAAGGCUGCACUUGUCCUUACCUAAAACUUCAUGUGAAACUUUGUAAAUGUAAGGAUUAUGGGAAACCUUGUAGUAGUUCCUUACCCCUCACUAAACAUAUGGGAACUCACAGUGGAGAGAGGCCUUAUGAAUGUAAGGAGUGUGGGAAGGCCUUUAGUUAUCUCUCAAGUCUCACUAGACAUACACGAACUCACAGUAAAGAGAGGCCUUAUGAAUGUAAGGAAUGUGGGAAAGCCUUUCACUGUUCUUCAUCUCUCACUGCACAUGUAAGAUCUCACAGUGGAGAGAGGCCUUAUGAAUGUAAGGAAUGUGGGAAAGCCUUUAGUCGGCCCUCAGACCUCAUUAGACAUACAAGAACUCACAGUGGAGAGAGGCCUUAUGAAUGCAAGGAAUGUGGGAAAGCCUUUACUUGUUCCUCAUCUCUUACUAUACAUAUAAGAUCUCACAGUGGAGAGAAGCCUUAUGAAUGUAAGGAAUGUGGGAAAACCUUUAGUCGGUCCUCACACCUCACUACCCAUAUAAUAACGCACAGUGAAGAGAAGCCUUAUGAAUGUAAAGAAUGUAGGAAAGCCUUUAAGCAAUUUACACAACUCACUAGACACAUGAGAGUUCACAGUGGAGAGAAGCCUUAUGAAUGUAAGGAAUGUGGAAAAGCCUUUAGUCAGUUUUCACAACUCACUAGACAUGUAAGAAUUCACAGUGGAGAGAAGCCUUAUGAAUGUGAAGAAUGUGGGAAAGCCUUUAGACGAUCCUCACACCUCACUGCCCAUAUAAUAACACACAAUGAAGUGAGGCCUUAUGAAUGUAAAGAAUGUGGGAAAACUUUUAAGCAGUUUUCACAACUCACCAGACAUUUAAGAGUUCACAGUGGAGAGAAGCCUUAUGAAUGUAAGGAAUGUGGGAAAGCCUUUAGUCAGUGUUCACAACUCACUAGACAUGUAAGAAUUCACAGUGGAGAAAAGCCUUAUGAGUGUAAGGAAUGUGGAAAAUCUUUUAGACGGUUUUCAUACCUCACUGGCCACAUAAGAAUUCACAAUGGGUACAGGCCUUAUAAAUGUAAAGAAUGUGGGAAAGCCUUUAGUAGAUCCUCAAACCUCACUACCCAUCUGAGAUCGCACAGUGGAGAGAGGCCUUAUGAAUGUAAGGAAUGUGGGAAAGCCUUUUUUCAGUCCUCACACCUCAAUGACCAUGUUAGAACUCACAGUGGUGAGAAGCCUUAUGAAUGUAAGGAAUGUGAGAAAGCCUUUAGUUGUUUCUCAUCCUUCCGUAAACAUGUUAGAACUUACCAUGAAGGUAGGCCUUCUGAUGGUAAGGAAUGUGGGAAAGCCCUUAGUUCUCACACUUCACUGGUCAUAUAAGACCUCAGUGGACAGAACCUGUGGCACACUAAAUUGCUAUCAUAUGGCCCUUCUAGCCAUGGUUUUGUAACUCGCACAAAAUGAUUGGGUGGGACUAUGCAAAUAAGGUGAAUGGAGCCCUUGUAGGGGAUUGGUCAGUUUUGCCAUAUCAAUAGGUUUAAAAAGGAGCUGAUCCUAUAGAAGGGUAGAGGAACCUCACUACCAUCAAGAAGAAAGGCCAGGAACGGAGUGCAUCUUGUGAACCUGUGGUCCUUGCACUGGGAACCUUCUAGACCCAGGAGACAGAGGAGUUUAACAUUGUAGGAGGAGUGGCGUGAGGCAGUGAGGAGCAGUGGCAAGCACAACAGGGGAACAUACAGCACCAGAACCACAAGACCGGCCCAAGAUUGCAUGAUUGGCUUUCUGGCCCUCCGAGUGAGGCAGCCACAGUGGGCUUGCCAGCCCACAGAGUGAGAGAGCUGAGUGCUUUCGGGCAGGAAGCUUUGUGGUAGAGAGGGGUGCCUCCUGGCACUAGUUGGUGGAGCUAGGCUUACUGUUCCAAGGAACAAGAACUGAGCACCUGUGGUCAGGAGGCUUGCUGGUGGAGCGGGGUGCUGCUGGGUACUUAUCAGCCUGACUAAAGAGGUCUAACACUUGACUGAGCAGGGCAGAGGCUGUCAGCAGGUCGCAGACCCAAGCAGGUAGCAGCAGCAGCAAGGCCCUGACCAGGGUGCAGUGACAGAGGCCAAGAAGCAGUCCUUAUCGAAGAACUGUAUCCUGAGGUGUUACUUCUGUGUUUAUCCUGAUCCUGAAUUGUAACCUGUUAUUUCCCUAAUAAACUCCAUUAAUUGUGA